CCGCUGUGAACGCGGUUCCGGACUUUUUGAUAACGAGAUUGAUAGCUCACCUGGGCACCAUCUACCUUCUACCAUCCGUCAUCUGUCAUCUGUCAUCCACACCCUUUUUUUCUUUUUUCUUUUUUAUCGCAUUUGGUUUCCUACCACAGCACUUUAAACUCGAGGACUAAACUUUAAUUAUCGCUCUGUGUGCAUCAAGUAAACUUGGUUUGAAUCUAUACGUCAAAUAAUUAUAUCUUUAUUUGAAGUACCUUAGCACAAGCAUCAGUACUGUUUAGUACCCGUGUUGCAUACCUAUUAUGGCGACAAACGGUGAAGAUGCGACUUUGCAUCUACCACGCAUCCUCUGCUUGCACGGUGGCGGAACCAAUGCUCGUAUCUUUCGGGCUCAAUGCCGAGUGGUGUCGCGGACGCUAGAGCCUUAUUUCCGUAUGGUGUAUGCCGAGGCGCCUUACGAGUCUAGCGCCGGUCCCGACGUUCUCUCAGUCUACGCAGAGCACGGCCCGUUCAAAAGGUGGCUGCGUUGGCUUCCCGAACACCAGGAAGUGGAGGAUGCCCGUGCGAUCGCCGACGUAAACGCCGCUCUGAAAAGCGCCAUGGAUGCCGAUGACCAUCUGGGCGCCACAGGCCCCUGGGUGGGGCUCCUCGGAUUUAGCCAGGGCGCCAAACUCGCGGCAAGCAUAUUAUAUCGACAACAGAUCCGUACCGAGAAGCUGGGGCCGACGCAGGCAGGCUCCGACUGGAAGUUCGCUGUCAUCAUGGCUGGCCGGGCACCGCUGGUGAACCUCGACCCCGAAGUGUUCACGUCAACUAUGUUAAGCAGGGCAUCAGAAGUCGGUCUUACAGGCGCGCCAGAUCUAAUGGAAAUGAUGAGUGGAAGUCACAUCUUAAAACUCCCGACUAUUCAUGUUCACGGCCUCAGUGAUCCAGGUUUGAAUCUGCAUCGCGAGUUAUACGAGGAAUAUUGCGAUUCGGAAACAGCUAGACUGGUUGAGUGGGAUGGGGCGCAUAGGGUGCCACUGAAAGGAACGGAUGUGCAACCCUUGGUGGAUCAGAUUCUAGACGUUGCGAGAACGACAGGAGCGCUGAAACAUUAAUGAAUUUCAUUUUCGUUAUUUUGAUUAUGGUACAAAGAGGCCGUAAGCCUUUCUGACGAAGAUUAAGAAUUAGUCUUAGGUAUGAGCUAUAUUAAGGAAAAUGAGUAUCUUAAGGAAAGGGGUUUCUACUUAAAAGCACACAUCAGUACCUUACGUACCUAAUGUAUCUAACAGGUACCUACCAAAAUAGACGCAGGGAACCCGUCAUUUACAGAUAGAUUUGAUACACAUAUAACACUUACACAUCGCA